AUGGCACAGUCAGACUUCUAUCCAGUAAUAUUUGAUAUAGUAAAUAGCUACACCCGUCAUAAAGUCCUGCAGCGUCGCUUUUCCGCUAUUCUCCAAAAUGGUUACAGAGGGGAAGCCAAUUGUCCCUCACAGUGUGCAGGAUUGAUAAUCAAGUUUCUUGGAGAGGACAUAGCGGAUGGGAAUCGUAAAAUCAAGGCAGUUUUCAGUACUGCAGCAGCAGAUCGCAUUGUUAUGGAAUACACUCAAUUAUUUUCUGAUGCGGCCUACCAAAAUAAUUUUCGUAUCUCCCUUGAAAGCUUACCUUCGGUGGUCAAGGAAAUGGGUUACUUGAUCUUCAAAGAGAAACAGCAUUUAGGCACUGUGGCAGCAUUCCUUGGUUUUGGAGCUUCGCUAGCUGCUUACUGUGAGUCAAAGGAGCAUUUAGGUGUUGCAGCAAUGGAGACUGUUGUGGAAUCGAUAACACACUAUUAUUGCCGCCAUAUUGAAUCAUGGUUGAGAGCUAACGGCGGGGUGGUAAGUUUAGUUAUUUAUUAGCGUUGUAUUACAAAUGUUGCAACUUGGUAGACUACACCUCUUGCUAUCUGUUCUCUGAUAGAUAAUGAGCCAGAAGGGUGGCCUAACAAUGUGCGGCUGUUAAAAAAAAUUAAAUAAAUACAUGAGCCUGUCUUGUUGGAUAGCAAUAAGUAGAUUUAUACUGAAACAGUUUGAUUUUGAACUGGAAAUCUCUCUGCAUGAUAGUUUAUGUAAGAUUCUCCCUUAUCAAUUAUUUAACCCUUUUACUCACAAGAGUGACCAAGACAGGAUUUCUACUCACAAUUUCAAUACUAUAUCAAGUACACAAGUGAUAAGAAUGGGGAAAAAUGCCACAGAGGGGAUACCAAACUCACUCUCUGAGCUAUCAUCAUGAGAAUUACAAGGCAGACAGUAAGGAGAACUUUUACAGAGAUCUUGGGAAUGAAAGGGUUAUCAAAUAGAUUUCAUGUUGUUGUGUGUCUGUUCAGUAAUAGAUCACAGAUGACAUGAAAAUGUGGUAAGAACAAAAAAGGGCACCUAGGCCCAGCUGAGUUUGUCACCUAUGUCCUUACCACAUUUUGAUCUUUUACUGUACAGACCCAUGGCAACAUGAAAUCUGUUUGUUUCAUAAGAUAGAAAUUAAAGCAAAACGUAGUUUAUGGUGACAAUUCAUAUAAAAUACAUCUGUCCUCCAAUAGGUUAUAAUUUAGAACUGAUCAAAAUUUGCACAUAAUUUAGCUUACCAUUUAAAGGCUGUAACAUGCAGUAAAAAUCUCAAGCUUGAAAUUUAAUUGCUAAAUUUACUUGAUAUAUAUGCAAAUAUACAAAUAAUUGCCAACCUGAAUGAACAAUUUCAGUAGACAAUUAUGACAAGAAUUACUCUGAAGUUUACAUUUUCCUUUCUUUGUGAUCAGAGAUGAAUAGACUUGCUUCAGGUAACAUGCAUGUAAGUUUACAACCUCAAAGCAACCCUCCGUUUGUCUAACUCUUGUCACAUGUUUUUUAACCCUUUACCUCCUAACAUCAGUAUGCAUAUUCUCCAUACCGUUCUUUAUAUAUUUCUAAAGAGGCUGACAAGGAGAAUUUGUGUAACAGUCAAGAGCUGCUUUAGUUAGUGAUCAUCUCCGCUAUUCCCAUAACUUUAAUGUUUGAUUCAGGGGUGAUAUUGAAAGGAGAAACUAGAUGCUAAUCACUCUUUGGGGCUAAAGGGUUAAUAAUAGUAUAAAGUUGCAAUUAAUAAUAUGUACUUACUGACUGAUUGAGAGGACUGGAUGGUAAAAUAUUUGGGUCAAGAUCACCAUGUCCUGCAGAAAGAGGGCAGCAAGGUCUGUGUGAUACCACUGAAAGCCAAAGAUUGUAUUAAAGGGAUGAAGGAUUUUCAUUUAGCCUUAUAAAAUUAUUUCGUGCUACAAUACCACUUGAAACCAUAGAGACUUUGUCCAGGGGUUUUAAAGAGGGACUUGCAUGUAUUGCUUGCCUUUUACCAAUGUGGUGAACAAAGGAAACAUGAAGUGUCAAGUUCAUUUCUUAUUCCUUUUGUUUUAUCCAUCGUAUUGUUUUUUGUGACCAAGGUUAAUUUAGGCUAGGCUUACUUUCCUGAACUGUGCAGGUUCUUCUUGUGCUUCAUUCAUGGACUGUGCAGUUUAACUGCAUUAUACUUGGACAGUUUACAUGGCAUGAGCCCUACUGUAGCUAAGCUUUGACAAGAAUUAAUCUUUGUGAACCUUUUAUUAGAAAAUUUUCUAUUUCGAUAAGAGGAUGAAAGACAGCUCUCCAAUACUGUCUCACACAGUAUUGUUUAGCAAAAUGGAGAUAUUGAUCAAGUUCUUUCCCAAACUCCACGUGGAACUUUUUGAUUUUGGACAUAAAACUUGGUGAUUGCUAGGCCAGUAAUGCCAAAUUUGUUCAGUUAUUUCUCAUUUUUUUAGUUAUUUUAUACUUUUUAAAAGUUUUAGGGGUUUGAAAGUUCUUUGGUUGUUAAAACUUUGGAUGUUACCUUACUGUGGCAUGAAAUUUUUGUCACCGAAAAAUUGCCAUUUAGAAUGAAAUUUUUCUUUAACCCCUAAGAAUGAUAAGCAUCUAAUUUCUCCUAACAGUUUCUCCCUUGAAUCAAACAUUAUGGUCAUGAGAAUAAAGGAAAUUAUCACAAACUUUUGAUUGUUAGACAAAUUCUUCUAGCAACUACCAAUGGAAAUAUAUAGAAGAGUUUGGAGAACUUGGAGACUAAUCUUAGGGUGAUAAUGGUGAUACAGCAUUGAGAUAGCCAUUUUCUCUAAAAGGCUACCAUUUUUUUUAUUUUAUUUAUUAAUUGUUAUCUUAAUAUUUAUUUAUUUGUGAUGUUAGGACAUGCUUCAGUCAGCCAGAAUGGAGAGCCAAGACCACUUUGCUCAAUCUAGAAAGAGAAAGGUAAACUUUUCAUACUCAUUGAAGCUUAUGGCAGAGCAAAGUUAUCAGGCUGAUAAUCCACAAUUUUACAUUGAGACUUGUCAACUUAUUCUACAACUCCAACAUCUGCUGCAAAUUGAUUCAUCUGAAACUUGGUUUGAUUAUGGUAUGUUUCUCUUUGGAAAAGAGAAUUUUCUUGAAGCUAAAAAUGCCCUGGAAAAUGCCAUCAAAGGAUUUGAUACACAUGGACUCUCCACCCAUUCGUCUUUCCUAGGACAGUGUCAUUUUCAAGUUGGUGUCAUUGAUAGUCACCUUGGACACUUCUCGGAAGCUGUGAAGUGUUUCCAGAAAGCAUGUAAAUUUAAGAUUAUGGAUGGAAACACAAAGAUGUCAUCUGCCAUUUGCCAUCAUUGGCAAGGUUAUGUGUACAGAAGAAUGGAAGACUUCAACAAAGCACUUGAGGCUCAAAAGAGAGCUUUAAAGGAGAUGGAACAAAAUACAACAAAUGAUUCCUCAAGGAGGUUCCUUGGUGAUGUGUACUUAGAACUAGGCUGCAUUCAUCAUGAAUUUGGAAAUAUUGAAAAUGCUGCCAGCUUUCUGGAGAAGUGUCUGUCCAUACAUGAGGAACAAGUGGGUUAUUUUAAACCCAAACUUCAGUUGUACAUUCAUCUGGCUCAGGUUCUGCAUGAAAAAAGUAUUAAAUGCUCUGAAUCAAUAGAUGAAUGGACACAACGAACUCUCUCUUUGCUUGAGAAAGCUGUAACAUUGUGUCUGGAAAAUUCUCACAAUGGACACUUUCAUGACAAGUUUCCAGUGGUUAUGUUUGCGCACACAGACCGUAUUGAAAAGCUGGAAGAUAUUCUUCCCUUGGCACUUAAACUUUGUUCAUCUCUUUCUUCUGUCUUUGGUGAAGAGAAUGAAACAGCUAAAAAGAGAUUAAAGAAGAUACAGAAAGAUUUUGAGUACUUGCUGAGCACUCUUGUAAAAGCAGCACACCAAGACCAGCAUCCUAACUCACUUGAUGAUGGAUCAAAUAGGUCAGUACUUGUCAUUAAAUGACAUUUUGUUUGGUUUCUUUGGCAUCUAUUUUUCCUUGGUGCAAGGAAACUAGACCUUUUGAACAGGGUAAUUUGGUAUGAGGCUCUAAACAUCAGCUUUGAAACUCUUAACAGUAGUUAAUUUUUGUUCUUAACUCAGUUGAUGAUACCAAAUUACCCUGUUAUACUCUCCUACCAACGCAGCACCAGUUUCUUUAGAAACUUACCCCCUUUAUUCAUCAGACCCAUAAACUUAAUAGGUAGUUAAAAAAGCAGGUGUGAAAAAUUGAAAGAAAAAAAAUAUUAUGAAGUUUCAAUUUUUCUAACUUUUUUAUUAUUUGAGUACUGUUAAUAUGCCACAGCAUUAUUCUAACAUUACCCUACCCAUUGUACAUGCAGCUAAAUAUUUCUUUGUUAGUCUCUGUUUGGACUUAGAUCAUGUGAUUUGGUUAUCUGUAAUAGCUACACUGUCGUCCACUUGUUUCCCAGGAGAAUAGUACUUACCAGGAAUAACUGUGGCCAUUGUGUCGCAAUACACAGUACACAAUACAAAUUGAUGGCAAACGGGAAAUUCAAAGCUGUGUUUCUUGUACCAAGAAAUCUACCAUGAAAGUUUACUAUGAUAAAAGUCAUCGCUUUCAAUUUACAACUUACUUUGUUCCAUUCUGGGAGACUUGACAAAGAUACUUUUACUUACAAAUGUAGAUUAAUACUGCACUAAAAAUAUUGUAGAAACAGCCGUUAAAGGUGGACUUAUACUGAAUAGAAAUGGAAUGUACGACUGUUACUAAUGGCUCAGCUGCUGAAUGAUUGCUGUUGCUGACAGAUUGUUACUUGAUUUUGGUUCAUGAUGUACAUUAUUAGCCUGUUCCGUGCAUUCAGUUAGUGAAACGGAGCGAAGUAGUAAAUGGCCCGAUCUCUUCGCCCUGCUCCAAUAGUAGCGGCAGAGCCAAAAUCAAGGAGGUUUGGGUUAAGUCACUCACCGCAACCCGACCCAAGCCUCCCUCGUUAUUUCACUCCUCUAAGACCAUUGUACUGCAACGCUACAGACCAUCCUGCUAUUUAUUAUCACGGUGUGUUUCACCGUGCUAAAGGCCUGGAACAAGGUAGACGAACCGGUUGAAGCGGUUUUUUACAAUAUUGCAGUAGUGUCACUUCCUUCUGGUGUACAUGGACGUGUGUUUCUUUAUCUACGUGUACAGUUGCUGUAAAAACACUGCUAUAAAGUGUUAAAACUCCCGGCCACAAGUUUUCGUGAGACUUAUAACUGUAGCUUUUUUCACAGAGGUGAGGAAUGUGAUCAGCAUCAACCAAAUGAACGGCGCAGAGAAGCGGAGAAAGGUGAAAGAAUUUUCUUUUACGUAUUAGGGAAAUGUUGACACAAACACUCUUUCUACUUACUCUUAACAAGGAAUUCUACUGCAACUUGUGCUUGUUAUGGUAGGUUCAUGUUUGUUUAAGCUAACUUGAGUUAGAUCAAGCAUAAGCCUUAAGGGAGUAAUGUGAUCUUCAUUAGGAGAAGUUCAGGCGAUACUUGUCUGAAGACAUGUGACAUGUCACAGUGACAUGUAACAUUGGUCACAUGUGACACGUAACGCUGGUCACGUGUGACAUGUAACACUGGUCACAUGUGACAUGUCACAGUGAAAUGUAACACUGGUCACAUGUGACGUGUAACGCUGGUCACCAGUGGGUGACUUACUUGAAGUUUUGUCAAUGCCCUUCAUGUAAAUCAGCGCUCAAGAAACAAAACUUUUGUCAGUUUACUGGUCGCACUUUUGAAACUGGUGGUCGAUCACGAGCAGGAAUAUAUUUUAAAGCGUGAAACAUAUGUGAAAUUUCGCGUUUUAUGUCGCUGUGAGCCGAAAAUUAAUUUUAUUUUAUUAUUCUAUUUUGGCGUCCAAAAUUUUCUCACUUGACGAUCGAAACACAAAUCGGGGUCCGAGUAUAAAAGUUAAUUUAGACUAUUUAACGAUUACACCACCUUGUCUCCCUCUUCAAAUUUACUUGAGUUUUCACUGUUUGUCUUUGUAGUGGUUCCUCUAGAGAUCCAAGCGCGUGGACGUCUUGCUUUGCAAGCCUACAACAAGGCCCUUAUCGAAGGGAACACCUGCGUGAGAAGAGUGCCGAUCAUGUUGAUUGGUCAGGAUCAUUCAGGAAAGACCAGCUUGAAAAAUUCACUGACGGGGAAACGUUUUAAUCGGCGGAUGGAUAGCACGGUGGGAAUUGAUGUCGAUUCAUCGCAUUUCAAAGUGACAACUGAACUUUGGAAAACUGGAGUGAAGAGUGAAGUAAUCGAUUCUGUCGCAGCACUGUCUUGUGAACACCAUGCCGGACGCCUUGCUGUAGAGAUGUUGCGACAAGACAAUAGUGUCCCUAUGGAAAAUUUUAAAGAGUCUGCUGAGUCAAGAAAUGCUCCUUUGGUGGACACUCAUGAAACAAACGAAGAUCCCGCCUCCGUACCUUCACAUGUUCCAGUUGCUGAUACGCAAAGUCUGGUUGAGCUUUCUAGCGUCGUGGCAAAUCCAGGCAGUGACGAGAUGUCGAAAGAUGCAGAUCCUGCUCAAACACCCAGCGGUGAAGAAAGCAGUAACAAAAAUAGCACGAACGCAUCUGUUUGGGUUGAACCAAACCUAGUACAAAGACAAAAAAGGGACUUAGUUCCUCUCGUCGAACCCCUUAAACCAGAGGAAAUAGUGGCGUUAAUCGAAAGGUUACUAAAAGAUGUUAAGUAUGAAGAGGACGAGGAGGAAAUAUAUUCGGUGUUAUGGGAUUUUGGAGGACAGUCAGUCUAUUAUGCAACGCACCCAAUCUUCCUCACUGCCAGAGCGAUGUAUCUUCUAGUUUAUGACCUCAGCCGUGAUCCACACCAAGUAGCCAAACCAGUUGUGAGGCAAGGAACGUUCAGGAAAUUCGAAGACAGCUUUGGAGCAAAAACCAAUUUGGAUUAUUUAGAUUUUUGGAUGGCUUCCGUGGCGUCUUUUGGCGGCACAACUGAGAGUUGUGAAGUCAUCUCUCAUUGUGAGGUAUUGCCAGAGAAACUGCCCCCUGUGUUCUUGGUGUGCACCCAUGCUGACCAGCCCCACGGUGGCAGAAUUCCUAGCGCAUUAGCCCAAGAGAUUUUUAGUUCUUUACAGGCUAAGCCAUAUAGAACCCACCUCUUUGAUGGCGUGUUUGCUGUGGAUAACACUAAAUCAGGUCUUGAAAUUGAGUGCCCAGAGGUCACACGUUUGAGAAAGGAAGUACUUGCUGUUGCUAAGAAACUGCCACAAGUGAAAGAAGCCAUUCCAAUCAAGUGGUUGAACUUUGAAAGGGCGUUGAAAGUCGCCAGGGAACAAGGUCAGAAGUGGAUCACACUGGAAGGGGCAAGGCAAAUCGCUACUCACGUAUGCAAAGUUGUCGAUAAUAAACAGUUCCAGGCAUUAUUGAACUUUUUCCACGACCAGAGGAUUUUGAUCCACUUUGAUGACACACCAGAGUUGAAUAAAAUGGUGAUUUUGGAUCCCCAGUGGUUAACUGAUGUGUUUAAGAAGGUCAUAACCAUUAGGCCUUAUAGCAAUCAGGAGGAGGAAUUCAAGGAGCUAUGGUUUAAACUCGAGGCAACAGGAAUCCUGGAAGAAAAACUUUUGAAACAUCUCUGGGGUCCUCUGUUUGAUAACAAAGAAACAGUUGAGAGCCUUGUUGCUCUGAUGGAGAAAUUCAGUUUGCUUUGUCCGUGGCUAUCAUCAAGUACUUCCCCUGGGAAACACUACCUAGUUCCAUCCAUGCUAAUGUCCCAUCCACCAGAAGACAUCAUCAAGCUCGUCGCUUCUGCGCAAAUUCCCUCACUUUUUGUUAAAUUUGAAUCUGGUCAAGUCCCACCAGGGUUGUUCCCUCGUUUAGUGUUGCAGUUCUUUCAAUGGGGAAAAGAUGGCUUAUGGAGUCCAGUUAAUCCACAGUUGUACCAAAAUUUUGCCAGAUUCUACAAAGCUGGAGAGGAAGACUGCUCUGUAAUCCUACGUUGUCACUCUUCUUCUGUCGAGAUCGUUUUUCACAGAGCGAAAGCAAAUUUUGGGUUGACAGACAGUUUGCAGUCAAUAAUGAACUUGUCUACUGACUUGGGGCAUGACAGCUAUGAUGUGGUUUGCGCUCUUAAUAUGCAUAGACAGGUGGUGUUCAUUCUCGAAUCAAUGCGCAAGGAGUUCUGUUGGUUGACGAAUAUGAAGUAUGAUUCAUGUGUUAUGUGCUCAGUAUGUUGUCGAGGAGGCACAACUAACUUCUGCCGUAUUCACCGUGUCCAAAGUUGCACUCAAGAGGAGUGUCUGCAUUUCUGGUCAGAAUCGCAGCUACUUAGUGAAAAGCAUAUCGUUGUUUGCACACGGUCUGCUGUUGCCCUGAAUAACAGAGUUCACGUCAACCAGUUAGCACCAUGGUUUGCAUACGUAGAUGAACAGGUGAGCUUUACGUGUGAAUCAUGAUUUACACUCGGUAAUUACGUUUGGCUUCUAUGUAACAUUCCGCCGAAACUCCUCCAUUUGCGAAAAGGUUAUUUUGGAUCAAUGUUAGUGUCUGCGCAAUUGCGCACCUUCCCCCCCCUCCCCAACAACAGUCAACUGAUAACAAUGUAGGAUUAAUGUUGGGUCAGGGGAGGGGAGGGGAGGGGAGGGGAGGGGAGGGGAGGGGAUGGUAUGCAGUCCCUUAGACUCUGGCAUUGAUCCAUUGUUUUCGAAGGAUAGAUACAUUAUUUUCGUCCGAGUUGUUACUUCCUAAAUUGUAGGGAUAACACUAUCCACUGUCAAGAAAGACGGCUAUUAUAUUUAUUGGUUCCCCUCCUGAUUUUUUUGUGACAGGUUGUGACUGAUGAACGUGACAGUACACACGUGGAUGGUAAGUUUCGCCUUACAUCCCAUUGUAGCGUGUAGUUUGGAUCAGUUUUUCGUUUUUCUUUUGCCUCGGCACUUACUUAUACGCAUGGAAUUCCUGAUUUGAGUGAUUUACAACAACAAUACAGUUCAAAAACAUUUCUUCAAAACUGCUUUAAGAUCGGUUUGUUUGGUAGCUGACUUUUAAUUCUUAUAUUCUUCUGGUGUGUUUUUUUUUUGUUUUUUUUUGGAAACAACAUUUACAGCAUGAUGGUUAAUUAACUGUACAGAAAGGCGAUUAAUUUCCAUAGCGUUUCGUGGGAAAUGUUGGUUGAAACCUUAUGGACACUUGGGUUACAAAUACAAAAUCUAGACCUCGCAGCAGUUGCUUCGAGCAAUUUGAUGUCGGUAAAUUUUACGUUAGGGGGCCUACCUUUUUUUUUUUUUUUUUUUUUUUUUUUGAGAUAUUUUGAGUAUCCGUGAUCAUAGUGUUUGAUAUAACUUCUAAGACUGAAAACCCUGUCAACACUUCUCUUAUUUCACUCCACCAAAUAGUAUGUUGAUUAAGAGUUUUUACUCGUAGAAAGUGGCGAGAAAUUCGUGGCGCUUCCUGGAAAGGUUGUGGAAUCACUUUUGUCACGAUCAUGUGACCCUAAGGAGAUUAUAAGGCAAUUAAGUGAGGAACUGCAGCUGAACCUUGAUUCUCUGAAACGCCCGGAGCCUGAGACUAUAAGAAUGAUUCGAUGCCUGGCAAGGAAAGCUAAAAGUUCCAACAGGUUUGAUGUGGUGAGACAUUUGAGGGAAAUUACGCCAGCUGGUACUACUGGUGAGUGUGAAAGUUGCAAAGUAUGUUCUAUUAAGUUGUAUUAAAGUUCACAAGGCAACCAGGUGAACAAUCAGACACGGUUUGAUGCUACUCUGGGUCUAUGAAUUGUAUCCUCUCGGUUACAAUCAUUAAAUCUUUAAACCGGAGUAGCAUCAAACCAUGUCUGUUAAAUUAUUUGAUACGGUGUGAUUUCUUGAAUGCCUUAUUUAUCCAGAUACCAAGAUUUCAGUGAACACCUUUUCUCUCGUGUUACAAAAUGAUGGUGACACUAAGAAGUAUGAGGACUGAAAUAUGAAUAGAUGAUCACAGUGUGUCGCUCACCAACUAUUUUUCUGUAGACGAUUCCUAGUCUUUCUUCCGCCCACCUGACAAUACAAUUACAAUAACGUCUCUCUUUCAUACGCGAAAAAGCUUUACACGUUCUUAAUUUAAAGCUGCUAUAUUUGUGUAAAUGACGAUUUUUAUUCUUAUUGUUGCCUUUGUUUUGAUUUUGUUUCGCCAUCCCUUUUCAUCUUCUGUCAGGUCCUAUACUGUCUGAACAGCUUGAUGUGCGGAAUGUUCCAGUUACUCACAUGAGAAAUCUUACCAUAGACUUGAGUGGUAAGGAAAAUGGAUUUGCAAUAGGCGUCAUAUUCUCGUAUCCACUUUUUUAGAUUUUUAUCUGAUCAGAGGAAAGCGAAAUAAAGUUGAAUUCAUCAAGAUGCAGUGUCUCCGCGAUUCCAUGAAUCGAUCAUUCCCGUGAACAAGGAAAUUUACGGAUAUAUUUGUCGUUGUGUUUUGUUAUUUUUGUUGCUUUUGUCUGUUUUAGAGUAGUUUUCAACUGAUUGACAAAAGUAAUUUAAUGCUUUGGUUUUGCUUCAAAACAGUUGCGCGGCGCUACUUUCUCAACCAAUCAGAUGCAAAACUAAAACCAAUGACUACUUGGUCGUUCGCGUUUCCUUCGCUUUAGGUAGUGUGGUUGGCUUUACUUUGAGUUUUCAUUGGCACUUAAAAAUAUUUUUUUUUCUUCUUCUUCUUCGUUUGGUUUUGGUUGGGCGAAACUCAAUUGGAAAGUAUUCUUAUGUGAACUUACUUGACGCAUUACAAGUGGAUAACAUUUCCCUGCUCUAUUUUGAAGUUUUGGUCAGUUUGAAUUAAUCCUCUUCUGCAUGAUUCAUAUCCGCGUGGAGCAGUUGUCUUUUUCAAUUGCAACAUUUUGGAAAAGGGAAAAAAUAAUCAUCUAACAACUUUAAAAAAUAUUCAAAACAAACUGAAAGUUUCGUUUGCUCUUUCAGGCAGUGAUGAGUGGAAGGUAGUCGCUGAGAAACUUGGGCUGACUCCCAGAGAGAUUCGUUUCCUUGACAACCGAACGCUUAACCCAUGUGAUGCUGCCCUGGGUUUUAUUGCUAACCGGCGACACAUAACUGUGGGUAGUCUCUACGACGUCUUGAUCGAGUGUGGGUGCCCUGUGAUUGCUGACGACUUGUAAUGAGACAGACCCAAAAGAAACUUUCCAAUUGUGACUCUCUGUGAGACUGUACAUGUUACAUAUUACUACUAGUGACUGAAACAAAACGAUUUUUCCGUAGAGCGCUCAUAUCCCUCAGGUUCAAGGCGCUUUACAAAGAUAUGUUGACUGUUAUUUAAAAGAAAAAACUAGAAAUGAAAAAACGACAUGGUGUCCUACUCAAUCGCAAAUACUCACUCGUUUGCGAAGAAUCAGAAAACUGACUAGUUUUUACAUAUUUCUGCUCUAUGAGCGAACAUUUAGUUUUCAGAAUUUCUCUUCCUGGACACUCAACCCAAGUAGACAAGUAAUUCGGGUUCUUUUAAUGGAGCCCUUGUGACCUGACCAUUAUUCUCUGGUCUUAUCUUGGACUUAAAAUGUAGCAGAAAACCAAUCUUAAACUGUUUCACACUUUAAUAAAAACAACGUUUUUACACUGGAUUCAUUAUAUAUUUGACGAUAGUACACUCCUACAACACGAAAACCGACUGGAUGGUCUAAGAGCACGAUGACAUAGUACAAAAGUACAAAUAGAACAUUACUACUCUGAAAAUGUUUACUAACGGCAAUCCGCUGGCAAUAAAUUCACAACAUGCUAUAAAUAAAAUUUGAGCAAA